CCGCCGCCGGCGGUACUGCCGCCGCUGCUGCUCGGAGGCCGGAGGCGCCCGCCGGGCGUGCCCACCCCCAGCAGAAUUCUUUGCUUAAGAGGAGGCAGAUUUUCACCUACUGAAUAAGAAUCUGGACUCGCAUUGAUGCUUCUCAGUGUUGUCUUGUGUGCUCUCCUGUGCCGGAGUGAAUUUUAUCCCCGGACUGCCUGGUGACAGAACAUCGCAGUCCUACCGGUUUGGAAGCAAAAUAUGGAAUGUGUUUCACUGCUGACCGAAGGCAGCCAAAUGAACAGUAUUUAUAGUAGUUCGAAAAUCAGCAGUUAGCAGUUUCUUCACAUUCUAACACUACCCAGCACUUUCCAGAGAGAACUCAUUGUUUACAAGAAAUCUGCUUUCCAAAUCCGUUGCGGUGCCCUCCAGCCUUGACUAUUAACUAUUUGCAAAGGGGAAGCUGAUCUACAGUUUGGGGAAAGAUGGCACUGGAUGAGUACCUGUGGAUGGUCAUUGUGGGUUUUAUCAUUGCUUUCAUUUUAGCUUUUUCGGUUGGUGCGAAUGAUGUUGCAAAUUCUUUCGGAACGGCUGUGGGCUCUGGUGUUGUUACUUUACGCCAGGCUUGCAUUUUGGCUUCAGUUUUUGAAACCACUGGCUCAGUACUACUGGGAGCAAAAGUAGGAGAAACAAUUCGGAAAGGUAUCAUUGAUGUUAACCUGUACAACAACACUGUCCCACUGCUGAUGGCAGGAGAAGUGAGUGCAAUGGUUGGUUCUGCUGUUUGGCAGCUAAUUGCAUCGUUCUUGAAACUCCCAAUAUCAGGGACCCAUUGCAUUGUAGGUGCUACGAUUGGAUUUUCUCUGGUGGCAAUUGGCACGCAGGGUGUCCAGUGGAUGCAGCUUGUUAAGAUUGUUGCCUCUUGGUUUAUUUCCCCACUGUUAUCUGGCUUGAUGUCUGGAAUCCUCUUUGUGCUGAUCAGAUUCUUCAUUUUAAACAAGGAAGACCCUGUGCCCAAUGGUCUCCGCGCACUCCCGAUGUUCUAUGCUGCUACCAUAGCUAUUAACGUGUUUUCCAUCAUGUACACUGGGGCACCAGUACUGGGACUGAUACUGCCAAUGUGGGCCAUUGCUCUAAUAUCAGUUGGUGUGUCCUUAGUAUUUGCUGUCUUAGUCUGGAUUUUUGUGUGUCCCUGGAUGAAGAGAAAAAUAGAAAGCCGGUUAAAGAAAGAUGCUGCACUGUCAAGGAUAUCAGAUGAAAGUCUUGAUAAAAUUCAGGAUGAAGAAACACCAGUCUUUAAAGAGCUUCCUGGUGCCAAAGCAUCUGAUGAGAGCACGAUUCCCCUUACUGGCUCAGUUACAGAAGCUGCUGGGGCAUCAGAUAAUAUUGCAAAUGGAAACCAUCCACGUGUACCAUAUGGAAGGGCAUUUUCAGUGACGCACACCUCGGUGAAAUCACCUGUUUCCAAUGGCACCUUCAGCUUCGAUGGCCACGUGAGGAGCGAUGGCCACGUUUAUCACACUGUGCACAAGGACUCAGGUUUAUACAAAGACUUGCUCCACAAAAUACACCUGGACAGGGCCAAUGAUGAGAGGCCCACUGCGGAAAACAACUACAAACUCUUACGGCGCAACAACAGCUACACUUGUUACACUGCUGCUAUUUGUGGCAUGCCUGUGCAUUCCUCCUUUAAGGCAGCGGACACAUCUACUCCAGAAGACAGUGAGAAGUUGGUGGGGGACACUGUUUCCUACUCCAAGAAGCGAGUCCGCUACGACAGCUACUCCAGCUAUUGCAACGCCGUGGCUGAGGCAGAGAUUGAGGCGGAGGAAGGUGGGGUGGAAAUGAAGUUGGCCUCUGAACUCGCAGAUUCUAACCGGCCCCCUGUUGAUCCUGUGGAAGAGGAUAAGGAGGAGAAAGACACCUCUCAGGUCCAUCUACUUUUCCACUUCCUCCAGAUCUUAACAGCCUGCUUUGGAUCCUUUGCCCAUGGAGGCAAUGAUGUCAGCAAUGCCAUCGGUCCCCUCGUUGCGCUCUGGCUUAUCUACGAGCAAGGUGCCGUAAUGCAGGAAGCAUCGACUCCCAUCUGGCUGCUGUUCUAUGGAGGUGUUGGGAUCUGUGUGGGUCUCUGGGUCUGGGGAAGAAGAGUUAUCCAGACUAUGGGUAAAGACCUCACUCCAAUCACACCAUCAAGUGGAUUUUGCAUUGAAGUAAUGUGUGCGCUAACGGUACUUGUAGCCUCAAAUGUGGGUAUUCCAAUAAGCUCCACCCAUUGCAAGGUUGGCUCCGUGGUGGCCGUCGGCUGGAUCCGCUCCAAGAAAGCCGUCGACUGGCGCCUCUUCCGCAACAUCUUCCUGGCGUGGUUUGUGACUGUGCCGGUGGCCGGCUUGUUCAGCGCCGGCGUGAUGGCACUGCUGAUGUACGGGAUCCUGCCUUACAUCUGAGGAGCUUCCUCUGCUGGGAAAAGGGGAAAUGGCCAAGCUACUACCGAUGGGAGAAGUGUUCCCGUGAAAGAAGCAGUCAGAGAGGAUCCAUCUUCCAUACCUAACUUCUUAUCUACUGUACAUAACAAUGUGUCAUAUUGGUGACAUGGUGAUGUGGUGCCAUUUCUUAUAUAUUAAAGAAAUAUAUAUGCAUAUAGUAGGUAACAAUACCUAAGUUAUAUCAUCAGUGGGGUGAAAAUAAUUGCCUAGAACUUAAUAUUUAGUAAAAUUUGUACAUAGUGUAUCAUUUUGGUGGCUAUUUUUUAAUCUUUUGAAGAAGAGUAUGGAUUAGGAAAUGUUUCUUGUCCAUUUGAUAUAAGAAGAAGCGAGGUACAGGACUGCAUAAUACAUGAAUUUUUUAAAGCUAUUAAGAUACUGGAACAAAAUAAAAUGUGCAGAAGUGCUUUUCAUAAAAUAACUUUGUUCAUAUCAUAUUGAUUUUCGUGUAUCAUAGCGUGAUGGUUAUGGCUGUGUAAAUACUUAUGAACAAUAACCUUUAAAUGGUGCAUUUCCUUUAUAUAUUUUGGAUAAGAAAGUUUAGGAAGUACCAAAGAAGCAGGGGAAUAGCUUGCCGAUACUAUGUUGUUGUCUCCACGUGUGUUGUGUUUCCCCACCUCUGAUUCAGCGUUGUUUUCACCAAGCUCCAGCCAGUGAGGCUGGGAUAGUACUGUUCAUGUCUUAAUGUAACUUUAAAACAAAAAGCGCACACAAAAAAUUAGUUCUCGUGACUUAGUCGGCAGCCCAUGGCUCUCCACAUUAGCUGAUAGCAAACUGACUUCAUUUUGUGGGUUGAUACUUGGGUAUCUCACUGCUCACCUUCUCCCUUUCCCCUUCAAGUCUCAGCUCCCGGCUGCUCUCGAUUCCUGCGGGAGGACAGACCGUCAGCCUCCCCUCCCUGUCUCCCUCCAGACACGAGCACACACUCUCAGGGGCAGCAGCCCUGGGGCACCCCCGCGUACAGGAGCGAAGGGCAGCAGCGGGCGGGAAAGGGCUUGGCCCCGGAUUUGUGCUUGGAGGAAUUGGGCGCCCACGGGAGUGCUGAUCCACGCAGGGGAGGAUGUGAGCAGGUGCUGCCUCCCCCUUGGCAAGUCCCAUCCCAGCCACAGCCAGCCAGCCUCCUGCUGUGCUGCCUGCAGCAAGGAGGGGACGGGAGCCCGGCCCUGUGUGGAUGGAGGUUGAAUGGUAACCAGCGUUUGGGAUGAGAUUUUGUUCACGGCAGCUCAGGGGAAAAAUGGCCAGCCACAUCCCCUGCAUGCCUCUGGAAAGCACAUUUGAGUGGAGGUUACUGAUUUGUGGGUGGGAAGCAAAGGGCAAGGGGUGCCCAGAGGAGGUUGGGAAUCUGUCACUGUUUAAAUGCUGCUAAAAUUUUGAUAAAAUGUUCUUGGUACUCCAUU